AUCUGGUAUAUUUAUCAUUUUUCUGAAGACAAAAGGAAAAUGUUCUAGAGAACUGAGAUAUAGUUAACCAACUGCUACAAAUCUAGGCUUGAAUUGCUAUAAAAUAUUUGCUCUGAUCUGAGAUUCAUAACAAGAUUUUUCCAUCUCAUUAUCAGGUGCUUUUGCAUUCUAAUUAAACUUCAAUAUAUUUGCAAAGGGGUUUGCAGAAUUUUAGAUAUUGAUAACUUCACAGUUGAUAGCACUUGGAAAAAUUUCUGAGGAAUAAAUUAUAACGAGAACAAAAAGAAAGAAAUUACAUACUGUGGUGAGAGAAGAAAGAUAAGGGGAAAAUUUAAUGCUGUGAGAAACGUAAAUGGUGGGAUCUAUUUAUAUGCCAUAGAGAAAUGUCUAAAGAAUUAGGAAAAUCACGACAUUGGUGUGAAAUCUGUGGUAAAUCAUUCUCUAAAAGUAGUGACUUAAUUAGACACAUUCGUGUUCAUACAGGUGAGAAGCCAUUUCACUGUGAUGCCUGUGGUAAAUCAUUCUCUCAAAACAAUACAUUAACUAGACACAAACGUAUUCAUACAGGAGAGAAGCCAUAUCACUGUGAGAUCUGUGGUAAAUCAUUCUCUCAAAACAGUGACUUAACUAAACACAUACGUAUUCAUACAGGAGAGAAGCCAUUUAAAUGUAAUAUCUGUGACAAGACAUUCAGUGAGAAUAAACAGUUAAGCAGACACAAGCUUAUUCAUACAGGAGAGAAUCCAUUUCACUGUAUUAUCUGUGGUAAAUCAUUCUCUGUAGGUAGUGAAUUAACAACUCACAAAUGUAUUCAUACAGGAGAGAAGCCAUAUCGUUGCGAUAUCUGUGGCAAAGCAUUCUCUAGCAGUAGAGUCUUAAAAGGACACAGACGUAUUCAUCCAGGAGAGAGCCCAUAUCAGUGUGAUAUCUGUGGUAAAUCAUUCUCUGGAAUUAGUGACUUGACUAUACACAAACGUAUUCAUACAGGGGAAAAACCAUAUAGUUGUGAUAUAUGUGGCAAAGCGUUCUCUAGCAGUAGAGUCAUAAAGAAACACAAACGUAUUCACACAGGGGAGAGGCCAUAUCACUGUGAUAUCUGUGGUAAAUCAUUCUCUGGAAUUAGUAACUUGACUACACACAAACGUAUUCAUACAGGGGAGAAGCCAUAUAAAUGUGAUAUCUGUGGUAAAUCAUUCUCUGAGAAUUCGAUCUUAACUAAACACAAACAUAUACAUACAGGACAUAGACCAUAUCGCUGUGAUGUUUGUGGUAAAUCAUUCUCUGGAUUUAGUGACUUGACUACACACAAACGUAUUCAUGCAGGGGAUAAACCAUAUAAUUGUGAUAUAUGUGGCAAAGCAUUCUUUGACAGAGUCAUAAGAAAACACAAACGUAUUCACACAGGAGAGAGACCAUAUGACUGUGAUAUCUGUGGUAAAUCAUUCUCUCGAAAUAGUCACUUAACUACACACAAACGUAUUCAUACGGGGGAAAAGCCAUACAAUUGUGAUAUCUGUUGUAAAUCAUUCUCUGACAACUCAACCUUAACUAAACACAAACGUAUUCACACAGGAGAGAGACCAUAUCACUGUGAUGUCUGUGGUAAAUCAUUCUCUCAAAUUAGUGACUUGACUAGACACAAACGUAUUCAUACGGGGGAAAAGCCAUAUCAUUGUGAUAUCUGUGGUAAAGUAUUCUCUGACAGCAGAGUCUUAAGAAAACAUAGGCGUAUUCAUACAGGGGAAAGACCAUAUCACUGUGAUAUCUGUGGUAAAUCAUUCUCUGGAAGUAGUGACCUGAUGACACACAAACGUACUCAUACGGGAGAAAAACCAUAUCACUGUGAUAUCUGUGGAAAAUCUUUCUCUGAAAACUCUAGCUUUACCACACACAAACGUAUUCAUACAGGAGAGAAACCAUAUCACUGUGAUUUCUGUGGUAAAUCGUUCUCUCAGAGAAGUAACUUAAAUACACAUGCAUCUCUCCAUGGAAAAGUGUGAUUGUAUCAUUGUCAAAAUUCAUGGGAACACCCAACAACAACCAAUAUUUUAAAACCAUUUCUCUUGCAAAAUCAUGGCUUAACAUUUGACAGUAACCAUACAUAUUUCAAGUACAAACAUACUUGUAUAUCUAUUCCAUAUAACAUGCUUCAAGGAUAUAGGAAAGAUACUGUCAUUAUAUUUGAUGUCGUUGGUAAAUAAUAAGACAGCAAACUGGCAGAAUUGUUAACAUGUCUGGUAAAAUGCUUGUCAGCAUUUCAUCUGUUUUGAUAAAGUUAUGGAAAGAAAUGAAGGAAAGGAUCAAAUUGAAGAUUGUGUUUUGGAGCUGAGAAGAGAAGGAAACGUUGUUUAUUACACUCCCAAGAAGAAGCAUACAGCUGUGGAUAAACCAUUUUUUGAAUCUGGAGAGUUUCAUGGAAAAAAAAAAAUUCAAGCUGGGAUCGUUACGACAGUGGGUCAUCUGGAUAUUCUCUCUGUAGAAUAAACAUGUCAUAAAAAGAUUGUUCUGCACUGUAGUAAGAGACCUGGGUGAAUUUAGAAGAAUGCAGAUGCCAUGAACCGUACUGCAAAUGUCCUCGGUCAAUGUAAUAAGCUUUGCAACGACAUCUGGACAUCUAAUUUGUUGAGACUGGAGGAAUUUUGGUGCAGAAGAUGGCUGGGAAUCAUAAUCCAAAGACUUCAGUAGAUCAUCCUGAUCUUCUUCUAAAUCUAAAUUGGUGAUUCAAUACUGUUGCUCUUUAAAUAUUCACAGAGAUUUUUCUCUGGUGGAUAUCUAUACCACUGAUAUUGUUUGGAAGACCUUAGAAAUUCUGUGAUGGUGAUGGUGUUCAAAAUACAUGAAACCAAUUCCAAGACAGACAUUCAUCUCAGUGGAAUCCCCUCAUUUCACCUGGACUGUCACUCAUUAAUUAAUGGAUGACAUUGGCACAAAACAACUUUUGUACAUAGGAAACAUCUGGAAUAUUCAUCAUGUUUGAAAGGCUAAAGGAAAAUGUUUGAGGAAACAGAUCCUCAUCCACAUUGCUGAACCUCCAUUCAUGCAGGAAAUGAGCUCUGGUUUGGAAAAGGUGACAAUCUGAUGGUGGAAAGUCUGACCUGUAGGGAGAGUGAUGGAGCACUUCCAGCCCUUCCAAGUUUGUACUAAGUCACUUUGACAGUGUGUGCUGGGGCAUUUUCAUGCUAUAGGGGGACAUGUCUUUGAUUGACCAAUGCUGGGUAGCAAGCUUUCAAAGCAUCAUAUACUUGCUGCAGUUGUUCAGCAUAAAGCUUAGCACUCACAACACAGCCGUCUGGGACAAGCUCAAAGUACAAUAUACCCCCCCCCCCCUUGAUAUUCCACCAAACACACAGCCUGACCUUCUGCUCAAGCAACCCUUGUUUGACAACAGGUUAUGAAGACAGUGGUUUCUCUCAUUAGGAUUACGAAUUUAAAUCCAUUUUUCAUCCCCUGUUUACAAUUUAAUGUCAACAAGCAUCUGAAGGAUUUGCCAGCAGUUAUUUGAGUCUGGUCAUUGGUCAGUUCUUGAGGAACUUCUCAGCAGUGUAUGUUCGCAAUACCUAGCUUAUGGAGGUGUCAGUUGAUGGUGCUUUAUGAAAGACCAUGUCCUGCCCACGAUGUACAAGUGCUUGUGCUUAGCUAUUGUUCGACCAUUUCAAGUAAGGUCCCAUCUUCCACAACAGGUCUCCUUGAUCUUCAUUUAUCUUUCAGACUGGUGUCACCUUCCUUGAAAAGUCUGAAGCAUGUGGGCUUUCCAUAGAAUUAAUUCCUUUUGCCGCUUCUCUUGCACUCAGUCCUUUCUUGUGCAAGUGGUGUAAAAUGGCUCUAAUUGCAAUUUCUUCACCACUCAUUAUCAAAGCUGUAAAAUAAAGAAUAAACAAUGUCUGUAUGUUUUUUAAAACAAAAAAGUUGAUUCUACUUAAA